AUGUGCCACGCUGUGGUUCUCGGCGUGCUGUUCUCACUACCGUCGUACCUGUACUCGGCCGUGCCUUUUAGGAAGGCGCGGCGCAAGGAGCGCGAGGGCGAGCCCGCCGGCGACCCGAAGCUGUACCUGCAGGAGGCGCUGCUCGAGCGCAAGCUGCCCGAGCUGGACAUGCGCCAGCUGGUCGAGCUGCCCCACGGCCUGGACUACAACGAAUGGCUCGCCUCGCAUACGCUGGCGCUGUUCGAGCACGUGAACCUGCUGUACGGCACCGUGUCGGAGUUCUGCACGGCGGCCACGUGCGCCGACAUGACGGGCCCCGGCGGCCGCUCCUACGCGUGGUACGACGAGCGCGGUAAGAAGACGCGCGUCGCCGCGCCGCAGUACGUCGACUACGUCAUGACCUACACCCAGAAGACCGUCAACGACGAGACCGUCUUCCCCACUAAGUACGCGAACGAGUUCCCCGCACAGUUCGAGGGCGUGGUGAGGCGCGUGGUGCGGCUGCUGUUCCACGUGGUGGCGCACCUGUACGCGGCCCACUUCCGCGAGCUGGCGCUGCUCAGGCUGCACGCGCACCUGCACCUCACCUUCGCCCACCUCACUGCGCUCGACCGCCGCUUCGCGCUGCUGGACCACAAGGAGACCGAGGUGCUGCGCGACCUGGAGGUGGCGCUGCGGCUGACGGAGCCGUCGGCGGCGGGCGCGGCGGGGGCGGGGGUGGGGGGCGCAGAGGGGGGGGAGGGCGCGUCGUCGCCGCGGCGCCGCUCGCCGGUGGUGACGCAGCCGCUGGCCUCCGCG